AUGGUGGUGCGACUGAGGUUGAGCCGCAAAGGCACGCGCAACAACCCCUUCUACCAUCUGGUGGCGAUCAACGAUUCGAAGCCGCGCGAUGCACGACCCAUCGAAAAGCUGGGCGAAUACGAUCCCAUCCCCCGCCCCGUUACUGCUGCGAGGCUUCCCAACCCUUCUCUUGGCCCUGCACCGGGUCAUGGUGGAGUCAUGACCACCGGCAUCUCGCAACAGCAGACAGAGCCAGCGUUGCAGAAACGCCUCGAGUGGAACGAAAACCGCAUCAAGCACUGGCUUCAGCUGGGCGCACAACCAUCCAAACCCGUCGCGAGAUUGCUAGACAGAGCCGGACUCAUCCCAGAAGGCGUGCAUUAUAAGGGCAUCUACCGACCGCCGCCUGCAGAGCUGCAGUUUCAAACAGACAGGAACUCCAAGCGCUCCUAA